GUCACAAAAAAAGUACACUUUACAAUAUAAGCUAGAAAGACUAAUGUACGGUCCCGGGGUGAGAGUCGGUAACUGGUUGGAAACUGCCCUGUCUGAGGAGAUGCGUGUGAGCGAAAUGAAAAAGCGCCGGGAUAGCGGCAGCCUUCUGCUGGACAGAACCCGAGCCGUCUACGACCGAUUUUACCAGGAAACGGUGCUAGGUCCGCCACAGGAUGUGCUCGCCUUCGGAGUGGUCGUGCAACUCCGGCCCGUCAAAAUCAAUGUAUGCCGUCAGCAGGUGCUGGAUCAGAACCUGGUCCUGUCGGUGGUAAUUACCCAGGAGGGGCUGCACCGCAACUGCAACACCAUCAACGAAAUGUGCGACCUCACGGUGGCGCCUUCGCCACGUCCCUCGCUGCGCAGUAGUUUCAGGAUCGUUAGUCCAAACGAAAACGACCUUUCUGGUCAGUAUCUAGCCUACGGUGAGAAGUUUCGCCUUCAGGCCCUGGAUCCCUCCGAUGAGCCAAUGUAUGUGUUCAGCGGACCCAAGAGGCUGAACCUCUCGCUUCCCGUGGAAAAGGCGUUCUUUACAACCAAGAACGGCGAGUUGACGCUACCACUAGGCUUGGUCUCUUACAAGAACUGCGGCCCGUCUGCCCGGGUACCAACCUCUCAUACCCACUUCUAUUGUGCACACGAAAACCCCGAUCAUCGUUUUGAAAGCGAGGGUAAAACUAUUCCGGUAAACAAACCGUUGCUCAUUGUACACGCGGUGACCAAUCGAAAUCUGGCUGUGGAGAACGUGCUUGCGAACACCCUGUUCGGUCCAGAGUUUCAAGUGUCCGUGCAGACCUACAAAAAUGUCUACAAGCGGGAGACCUGGAAGAAUCAGUGGAAGUUUACUUACUGAUAUCUCUAGCCUCAAUUAAAUAGCUCGUACCUGCUGUGGCAUUCAAACGACCCAAUAAAAUGAGCUGUUGCGAGUUCGCCUGUUUGUUAAGCAUGUCAAAAUAAAAGAAUAUUCGAGAAGCGGU